UCUCAAGGGGCUGUUCCAAUGCGGGAUGAGCAGGAAUCUGUCACAAAAUGAUCGUAGCGCCUUUAUUUCUUACCCGAUUUCUAUAAACAGGGCUUAAAUUAAAUCUGAGGACGUUGCUGAUGUUUCGUCACCAUGACCUCCAGCGCCGCUCUGCUCGCCUGGUCCAGAUUCGGGUUCUGUGCGUCCAGAACCGCUUCCUCCUCAUGCAGAGUCCUGGUCCGAUCCGCCUGCAGUCGCUCUUGGUCCAGCGGCGUUAAGGUGCGCUCCUACCUGCAGUACGUGAAGCGGAAGCUCCGCCCCCCUCCAACCCCCCCCUACAGCCACGUGUGCCAGGUGGGCGACCCGGUCCUGCGCUGCCGGGCCGCCGGCGUGGACCCUGCGGCCAUAGCGGGCCCGGAGAUCCAGCGGGUUCUGGUAACCAUGGUGACGGUGAUGAGGAGGCUGCAGUGCGUGGGUCUGAGCGCGCCGCAGGUGGGCGUGCCGCUCCGCAUCCUGAUGCUGGAGUAUCCCUGGAACCUGUUCGAGGCGGUUCCGCCCGCGGCCCGGCGGGCCCUCGGCCUCUCCAUCCAGCCGCUCCGGAUCUUCCUGAACCCGGAGCUCCGGGUUCUGGACAGCAGCACGGUUCUGUCUCAGGAGGCCUGCGAGAGCGUCUCGGGCUUCUCCGCCGCCGUGCCGCGGUUCCGAUCCGUGGAAGUGUCAGGCCUGAACGAGAAAGGUCAAGAGGUCACCUGGCAGGCGAGCGGCUGGCCGGCCCGGAUCCUGCAGCACGAGAUGGACCACCUGGACGGAGUUCUGUACCUGGACCGCAUGGACUCCAGAACCUUCGUCAACAUCAACUGGCAGGAGCACAACGAGUAGCGCCAGCCGGCCCCGGGCAUCGCAGAGCUUGACCCUGGUUCUGGUGAACCAAACAGGUCAAAUAAAAUCUCUUUAAGAUGAAA